CAGAGCACUCCCAGACCAUCCAUCCUUCACUCAAAUCAAAAAAUUUACCCUCUCAAAUAUCAUAUCAAUGGCAGCAGCAAUCAAGUCCUCUCUCCUAACAAUCACCCUACUUCUCGUAGCUCUAGCUGCCAACAUUCAGAUGGCAACAGCAAGCGGCCCAACGCCUCGCGGGCUCAGCAGCCUCUCCGUACGUGCGCACCGUUUGUGGUGCCCGGAGCAUCCACCGGUCCUCCGAGCUCCGGGUGCUGCUCCGCCCUUCAAGGUGUCGACCGUGACUGCCUCUGCAGCACCAUUGACAUCAUUCAGCGUCUUCCCUCCACAUGCAAGCUCCCCCAAGUUACUUGUGGCGCUAAUUAAGGAUGGAAUGAAGCAACACCCGAGGAAUAAAAAUGAAAAAAAAAUCUCCUUCCUUGCUUCUUUCUGAAUGUUGUUAGGCCUCUAGUUAAAGUUUGAGUAUGAAGUGAAUAAAAGGUGAAACCUUGAUUCUGCUAUUUUUUCUGAAA